AUGUAUAGCCCGCGUCAAAAGCCAGAGGACAAGGUCAAGGAAUCAGAGUGGCUGAAAGAUGCAACCCAAACGCUUAUGGUUGCUUCAGUCUUAAUAGCAACAGUGGCGUUCACCGCAAACUUUGCUCUUCCUGGAGGUUACAGAGCCGAUGAUCAUAAAAAUGGUGGCACGCCAACACUUGCUGGGAGUUUUGUUUUUGAUGCAUUCAUGAUGGCCACAACAUUAGCUUUCAUCUGCUCCUCAAUAGCCACCGUUGGUUUCGCGUAUGCCGGAACUCCCAUGGUUAACUUGAUCGCCCGCAGAGUCUACUUUGGCCUAUCUGCACGUUUCAUGUCGAGUUCAGUCACAUGCAUGUCUAUCGCUUUUGCACUGGGGGUGUAUAUGGUGCUUGCACCAAUUGCUCGUGAUACCGCUAUUGCUGUUUGUGUUAUUACUCCUGCCGUGUUGCUAAGUGCAAAUAUGGAGGCUAUUUUGAAAUUGGUUAUUCUUGCACUACCGUUAUGCAUUAGGAAAGGGCUAUUCCUAGGAAUGGUACAGCUACUAAAGUUAUAUGUGGUCAAACUAAUCGCUGCACUUUGGCCCUUCAUAUUAACCUUUGGUUGGGCCGCGUUGGCAAGGAUCCACCGCCAUCGCUAA